UCAAAUCCUUUUCACUCACUGUCUGCCACUCCCCAGCCUCCCUGUAUUUAAACCCAUGCAUUAGCCGUGAGAGAAACUAAAUCGAACUAAAAGAGGGUGAUCCAGUGAGCACAAACAUGUCUGCCUCUGUCAUGGCGUCUAUGGUUCUGACGAAGCCAUCUCCCUCUCCACUGUUAGAACGAGCGAAACUCCGAGGUUUGCGACCAUCGGCGAGGCCAUCGCUGCUCAUAGUAGCCAGCAAGAAGGCGAAGAAGGUCCAGACUGCCCAACCCUACGGGCCUGGUGGUGGAGUGGAGUUCAAGGAAGGCGUCGAUGCGUCUGGAAGGGUAGCCAAGGGGAAGGGUGUCUACCAGUUUGCCGACAAGUAUGGAGCAAAUGUUGAUGGGUACAGCCCAAUAUAUACACCAGAAGAAUGGUCCCCAAGUGGUGACGUUUAUGUUGGAGGAAAGACAGGGCUGUUUCUCUGGGCAAUCACUCUUGCUGGAAUUCUGCUGGGCGGUGCUCUGCUUGUCUACAAUACUAGUGCCUUGGCUUCUUGAAGCCUGUGCGGCAAACCAAAAUAUGAAUCAAACGAUGUGUACUGUACGGGUUACAACCGCAACGACAUAUGUAACUGGAUGUAAAUAUCAGUACCCGCAGGCCGCAGUCAAUAAUACCGACAAUUAAUUACUAA